AUGCACACACACUACACCGAACUGCUGCCACAACUGGAGAUGUACCUUAGAGCUAACUCAGACGGAGCACAGGAGACCGCCUCAGAGGAAUUGGAACGAGUCACACUCGCACGCUACCAGUCGAAAGCUGUACAACGCCGAGGGGGUGCUGUGACCAAUGUG